AUGCCACCUAAUUAUAACCAAGAUAUUAACCCUACUGUAUCGACGGGUUUACACGAGCCGUCUGGACGAACUCCCAAUGUAGUACAGUUGGUACAACUCCCAUUUAAAUUCUUCUUUUGUGUAUCCAUUGUACCAUUUUUAUCAUUCCAAUUAUGGAUGUAUUGGACGAAAUCUGUUAUGUUAGCGGUAAUGAGAUUCCUCUUAUCCUUUCCACAAAGAACCACUAGUGUUUUCUUGUAUAUUACUGGAAUUAGACCAAGAGCAAUGAAUGUUGAUAUUCCCACAUCAAAUGAUGAAGUUGAAUUAGCUUUUUUACAACAACAAGAAGAAACGUUUUUCCAAAGGUUUCAUUAUCUGAUAUAUAAAAUCUUAACUUUAGGAGGUAAGUUGUGGGGCAAUGUGGUUGAGAUUGAACAUCAAUUGUUAUUAAUCCCCAUACAUGCAGACUAUAUAUUUGAUAGAUAUAUAUCUCAUUCUCCAAUUUGUAUAUUUAGCAGAAUCAGAGGGAUUGAAUCAAGUUAUGUAUUCCGUGGAGUACCAUUAGAGAAGACUGAUGGAUUUCAAGAAUAUAUCUCCAAAAAAGAUAGAGUUAAGGGUAAAAUUUUCAAUUCCGAUAUUGAUACUGAAACUGAUAGUCCAUUAGAAAGUACAAAUAUUGUAACUGUUGUGAAUAAUGUUAAUAAUUUACAGGCAACUAACACAGGUAUUUCCGUUCAAUCUGAAUCCGUAUGUCCAUUUAUUAACAAUACAGAUGAAACUAACAACCUAAAGAUUUUUGAGUCGUCCAAAAUAUUGGAAAAAAAUAUAAACCAUAUUAUAAAUCAAAAGGAUACAAAUAUGUCGAAAUCACACAUACAAAAAAUAUCAAAAUCAUUCACAACUUCCACAAUAGAAAAGGAUAACUUUGUUAACAUUAAGGUUAAUGGUAAAGAUAUUAAAUUGAAAAUUGUACCUAAACCAAAAAUAAAGACAUAUUUCCCUUCAAUCUCACAAAAUGAAGUUGAAUAUAUUGCCUUAGUGAGGGAAGAAAUUAAAAAUGUUUUACCAAGACCAGGAUACGAUGAUGGAUCCUUAGCCCCCAUUAUACUUCGACUUUCUUGGCACUGCUGUGCAACUUAUGAUAUCAUCUCAAAUACAGGGGGUUCUAAUGGCUCUACUAUGAGAUAUGUUCCUGAAAUUACUGAUGAAGGUAAUACUGGAUUAGAUAUUGCAAGAUCUGCAUUAUUACCAGUUAAACAAAAAUAUCCUAGGAUGACAUUCUCGGAUCUUUGGACUUUAGCGGGAACUGUAGCUAUCGAAGAAAUGGGCGGCCCACCAAUUGUAUGGAAAUGUGGAAGGUUUGACUGUAGAGAUUCUAGAUUUGUACCGGAUAAUGGGAGGUUGCCCUUUGCAUACAAGAGUUCAUCACAUAUACGUGAAACAUUCACUAGAAUGGGGUUUGAUGAUCGUGAAACGGUAGCACUUUUAGGCGCUCACGGUUUAGGAAGAUGUCACAAAAGAUUUAGUGGAUGGGAAGGGAAAUGGACAUAUGACCCUCUAAAGUUUGAUAAUAGCUUUUUUACGGUGCUACUUGAAGAAAAAUGGAGCGCUGGAAAGGUUCCUGAAACAGGUAAAGAUCAAUUUUAUAACCAAGAUAAAAGUUUGAUGAUGCUUAAUACUGAUUUGGAAUUAAUCCGGGAUUCGGGUUAUAAAAAGUGGGUUCAGCAAUAUGCCGAGGAUGAAGAAUUAUUUAAAGCCGAUUUCUCAAAUCUGUUUGCAAAGUUACUUGAAUUGGGUAUCAAAAGAGAUGAAUUGGGAAAUGUAAAGCCGAAAGAUGUGUGA